CCACUCUUCUCACUCAGCAUCUCAAACGCGUCUUCCAACCAAACGUCAUUUGCAACAUCGCGAUAACGCGCCACAUUCAUCUCUUUUCAUCAAACACUUAUCUUCAUCUAUCAAUAUGACUGGACGCGGAAAGGGCGGCAAGGGCCUCGGCAAGGGUGGUGCCAAGCGUCACCGAAAGAUUUUGCGAGACAACAUCCAGGGUAUCACCAAGCCCGCUAUUCGACGUCUCGCUCGUCGUGGUGGUGUCAAGCGUAUCUCUGCCAUGAUUUACGAGGAGACCCGUGGUGUUCUCAAGACCUUCCUCGAGGGUGUCAUCCGUGACGCCGUCACCUACACUGAGCACGCCAAGCGCAAGACCGUCACCUCUCUCGACGUCGUUUACGCUCUGAAGCGACAGGGCCGUACCCUCUACGGUUUCGGUGGUUAAGCAGCUAUCUGCACACCGAAUGGUUCGUUUGGCUUUGCGAAUGAUUGCACAGUCGCACAUUUGCAGAUACUGGGAUGGAUGUACUUGACUACGGCGUUGGGGAAACACGGAUAUGAUAUUACCAUCAGGCGUCAUGGAAGACGACCUUGCGAAAUGAAUACCACAUUGAACAUUGAUUAAUCAAUAAUGCUCCCAUGACCUCUACGCGCAUGUUUGUGAUCGCUGAACACUCGUCCUACCACCAACGAACUCGUGAAAACAUUGGAUAGAAUUAAACAUUUCAGCGUGCUGUCUAUUAGAACUGAAAACAUUGGUAUCAUAAGAACACGUAACUCUGUCUAAGCUUAAAGAUAUUUUCUUCCUGCUGCUGCCACCCGUGUCCUAAAGAUAGGACUACGUACCUCCA